AUGACGAUCAAGGAGAAUCUUGAGUUCCAGAACUGGGGACGAACUCACAGUAAUACCCCAAAGUACACAGUGGUGCCUCGGAACGUGGCCGACAUUCAGAAGGUGGUCCGUUUCGCCAAGCAAGCCAACCUGGGAGUACGAUGUGCGGGCUAUCGACACUCAUGGUCGCCCAUCUUUGGAAGAACUGGCGAGAUCAUGAUAUCCACGCUGGACAUCAAGACUGCCAGUGAACUCCCGGACAUUACCGCUCUUCAUCUCCCACAGGAGAAGCCCAACGAAUUGGAGACGAUUGAGCUUCUUCCAGGUCCUGCCCGUGCCGCUGGCAAGCACUUGGUACGCAUCGGGUGUGCAACGACGAAUGAACGGCUUCGUAGAUGGUGCGUGAAGCACAACAAAGUCACAAUACCACUCAACAUCAUCAUGGUGGAGAUCACUUCUGGUGGAAGCAAUGGUCCUAUCUGCCAUGGAGCCGGCAUCAAGCAUCAGACCUUGAGUGAUCUCGUUCGUAAGAUUGAAUACGUCGAUGCCAAUGGCGAGCUGCAAAGCAUCACCGACGAGGAUCCCGAACUUCUCACCGCCGCAAGUGGCGCUUUUGGACUGAUGGGCGUGAUUACUCACUUGACCCUCGAGUUCGACACGAUGACCUAUGCCGAACUGAGGCCGACGAAAAUGCCUGUCAUUCAGACCAUUCCUCCCCCUCCAGGAUUCCCCGAAGAUCGAAUUCCACGUGCUCUGCGACCCAAGACGCCCUUGACGGCAGCAGAGAAGCAAUUCGCCCAGGAAAGAUUCGAGAAACAAGCCAAUGAAGACUACUACGCGGAAUGGUUCUGGUUUCCCUAUGCUGAUGAAUGUUGGGUCAACUGCUGGAACAACACGACCGACGAUUCCGACGUGGAAGAUUGGCCCGGAUCCUUUGCCGUCUUCUUGUCCUUUGUGCAAGAAUUCACUCUCAACGUGAUACAGUACAACCACGUCCUCACCGAGCUCGUCAACAAAACCGGCAUCGCCGAAGCCGCCGUAACCCUAUUAUCGAGAUUCGUCAUGAUGAAUUUGCCCGAAGUGAAAGAGGGCGACAAAGCGAUCAAAACGCAUCUGAUCAAUGGUCUGCACUUUCAACGUGCCAUUCAAAACAUUCGAGUCCGGGAUAUGGAAGUCGAAAUCCCCCUCGUGCCUCGCGUGGAUGAUGCGACGAAAGUGGAUUACACUCUGGUGCAACAGGCGUGGUGGGAUGCGAUUGUCAAGUGCUAUGAGCACAGUGAUACGUGUCCGCAACGCUUUCCGCUGGAAUUGAGAAUUAUGGGCGGGAGUAAUGUACUCUUGGCGCCGCAGUAUGGGAAUCGAUUGGGCACGGCUGCGAUGGAAAUUCUCACGCUGCAGAAUGCUGUUGAUAUUUGGCAACCGUAUGCUCAGGAAGUCGUUGAUCUUUGGUGUUCGUACAAAGAUCGCAAUGGAGUACGACUCAAGACUCGUCCUCAUUGGGCUAAGGAAUGGCACGAAGGCUACACCAUUGACGGUAAACCAUGGCUCGAAAAACUCAAACAUGAAGAUUAUGCAGCAGAAAUUGUAGAAUUCAAGAGAAUUUUGUCUCGGAUUGGGAAGAAGCAUGGAUGGACGUUGGAGGAUAUUCAAAAGAGAUUUUCGAAUGAGUUGUUUGAUGGGUUGAUUUAUGAUUUGUGA